CACACCGGCCGGGUCAAGAAGCUGCGAGGAUGGAAAUCCGACCGGACAGGUUUAAGGCGAACGCGGCCAAAGCUCUGGGAAAAAUUAACAGGUUGAUUGAGAAGCGGCAGCCCAAUGGAGAAACCAUUGAGUUAUCAGCGGAGGGCCGUCCUGAGCUGGUGGAGGAGAAGGAGCUGCCGGUGGUGGACUGUACCUGCUGUGGCUUACCGAGGCGGUAUAUCAUCGCCAUCCUGUCUGGCCUCGGGUUCUGCAUCUCUUUCGGGAUCCGAUGCAACCUGGGUGUUGCCAUUGUUAGCAUGGUGAAUGACCACACUGUCUUCAAAGGCAACAAAGAAGUGCUUGUGGCUGCACAGUUCAGCUGGGACCCUGAGACAGUCGGGAUGAUCCAUGGCUCCUUCUUCUGGGGCUACAUCGUCACACAGAUCCCGGGGGGCUUUAUAUGUAGGAAAUUUGCUGCCAACAGAGUAUUUGGUUUUGCCAUAGUGGCAACAUCAGUCCUCAACAUGCUGAUUCCAUCUGCUGCUCGCUGCCACUACAGCUGCGUCAUACUGGUCAGGAUAUGCCAGGGCCUUGUUGAGGGUGUGUCAUAUCCAGCCUGCCACGGGAUCUGGGCCAAGUGGGCGCCUCCUCUUGAGAGAAGUCGAUUAGCAACAACAGCCUUCUGUGGAUCCUAUGCAGGGGCGGUGGUGGCAAUGCCUUUAGCCGGGAUACUGGUUCAAUACACCGGGUGGUCUUCAGUAUUCUAUGUCUAUGGCUGUUUUGGGAUAUUCUGGUAUUUGUUCUGGGUUCUGGUGUCGUAUGAGAGUCCUGCAGCCCAUCCCACCAUCACAACAGAGGAGAGGAAAUACAUUGAAGAUGCAAUCGGAGAGUCUGGAUCAUUCCUUAAUCCUCUGCAUAAAUUUAAAACCCCAUGGAAAGCCUUCUUCACCUCCAUGCCAGUCUACGCUAUCAUUGUGGCCAACUUCUGCAGGAGCUGGACCUUCUACCUGCUGCUCAUCAGCCAGCCCGCCUACUUUGAGGAAGUCUUUGGCUUUGAGAUCAGCAAGGUGGGCAUGGUGUCAGCUUUGCCCCAUCUGGUGAUGACAAUCAUCGUGCCUAUUGGAGGCCAGUUGGCGGACUACCUGAGAACCCACAACUUGAUGACCACCACCAACGUCAGGAAGCUCAUGAACUGUGGAGGUUUUGGGAUGGAGGCCACCCUCCUGCUGGUUGUGGGAUUUUCUCACACAAAAGCUGUUGCCAUUUCGUUCUUGGUCCUCGCUGUGGGUUUCAGUGGAUUUGCUAUCUCAGGGUUUAAUGUCAAUCACUUGGAUAUCGCCCCUCGAUACGCCAGCAUACUGAUGGGCAUCUCAAACGGGGUGGGCACAUUAUCUGGCAUGGUGUGUCCUCUCAUUGUGGGAGCCAUGACUAAACACAAGACACGUGACGAGUGGAAGUAUGUCUUCCUUAUAGCUUCUAUGGUACAUUACGGAGGAGUGAUUUUCUAUGGACUCUUUGCAUCAGGGGAAAAGCAGCCAUGGGCAGACAUAGAAGACACCAGUGAGGACAAGUGUGGUAUUAUCGAUGAGGACGAACUGGCCAAUGAAACAGAGGAUCUCUACCGGGGAGGCGGGCAGUACGGGGCCAUGAGCCAACCAGUCGCUGGAGGAGGAGGAGGAGGAGGAGGAGGAGGAGGAGCCGGGUCGGGAUGGGUGUCGGACUGGGAUAAGUCUGAGGAGUAUGUGCAGAAGCCUGGAUACAACUCUUACAUGUACGGUGGAGAAGAGGAGAGGGAGCUGACAUAGAAGAUCCACACGAUACACGUUUAAAAAGAAAAGAGAAAGAUUGUUUUUUGGAAAGGGAUUGUCAGAGAGUCACUGCUAUACUGAAUGGACCUGCUGUGUGCUUUUGUACAAUAUUUACAAUUGCACAUAUCAAAAGUAUGCAUUUGAUUGACUCCAUUGUGUGUGUGUGUGUGUGUGUG